AUGAGCUUGCAAGGGUCGAUUCAUACGUGGUCGGACGGUAUCGGGUACGGCGCUUUCAUGCCGACCGACCGGGCAUACUUCAAUGUACGGACGCCGAGGGCAAGCGUUCGGCGACCUUCGAGCGAAAACGUGCGGGAGUACCGAAGAAACAAUGUCACUGCCGGGAUAGACACGCACAGGUCGGACGUGUCCUUCGGCAGGAACACGGAGAGUAUUCGCGGAGGCGUGGAUGGCGACUCCAGGGCACGAGAAGCCACCAAGAGCUUGACGAGCGGAGAGGUGAAGUUUCUACUCGAUUGA